GCAUGAAACUUUCGCGUUGCUUAGUUGGUUUGUGAAUUCGUAGUACAUUAGUCGGUUCAGAACGAUUGCAGCGUUUAGUUUGAGUUCUCUGCUGAGAACGGUCGUGUGAAAUUUAGAUUGAUGCGAAUCAGUGAAGGAAGGCGACAGGUCCGCUAAAUCUGUUUGCCCCGAACUGGACGGCUCCUGCUGAUGAACUAGUGGAAGUGUGAUGCAUUAAUCAGUGUAACGUGUUGAACAAAUAGGACACAUGACAAACGGUCGAAUUCGUCCGCUCUAUUGAGGAAAUUGAAAAGCAAUCCGUUCCCGGGGAAGGGCAGAAAAAUGAAUCAGUCUGCAUAAAAAGCUGAUCUUCUAAUUGGAUUAAUUGAGAGUGAAAGAGUCCGGCCCACGUGAAUGGGAGUUGAACAGUGAUACAUAGUCCCAGAGUCCCAGCAGUGACGGAUGUUUGUACACCUUCAGCUGAUGCCCGGUGUUGGGAUGCAUCGCUUUAUCCUGGGGAAUUCAGGACGGUCAACGGAGAAGACGUUCUGCAAAAGGCUUCCGGCAGCACCGACGCUAGCAGCUGUGGGUCUCUAAGGCAGUCACGCCUGGGGUCCGGUGCCUGGUGUCUGUGGGUGUGGGUGUGUGUGAGUGUGUUAUGUGCCACCGUAUACGUGAUGAGAUUGAUGAGGAAAGCAAACAGGAAUAAUGAAGUGCAAUUUUUGUUACCUGGCGAUAGUGCAUCCGGGGCUGCUCCUGGCGCUGGUGCUGGAACUGACCAGCAGGCGAACACCAGCCGUGGCAGCAUAUAGCAGCGAUCCGCAUUUGUUUGAGAAUCGAGACGGUUACAUCAUAGGCAAUUAUCUGCACGCCUCGGAACAGGACAUCCGGGAUUUCUUCUGGACCGGGUCCGGCGACGGACCGGCGGUUAAUCCUUUCGACCGGUUUCCAAUCAGUGAAGAUGCAAUCAUUAAAACGGCAACCGUUGUGGCCACGGUGUACAUCGACCGGAACAACGGUGGGCCCGGCAGGGCUGGAGAUGACCUUUGCAUCUUCGAUUGCGCUCCUGCCGGCGGCGAUGGUGGCGGUGGUGACAAUGUCGAUCAGACGACCGACAACGUUACUCCGACGGAUCGGCGCUUCUGGCUCAUGACGGUAAUAGGUGGCCUGUUCAGUAAGAGGGAUUAUCCCGAGCUGGAAGGAAAACUGGCCAGGCUGUACCGGGUGGCGUUCUCCAGACAACAAGCAUUACAUCUCGGAAUCAACAACAACACACUUCACAUGCAAUCGUCGCACACGAAUGCGGACAGACGGCGAGUAAAAAGACGAGCUUCCUCAACACCAAAGUUGAGAGGCUCUGCCGGGGAUAUGAUGGCGGGUCGGACGACGACGACGACGCCGAUGGCAUCGAGUGAUCAUCGUGGCCACCUUACCGCUGGGAAUCUGCUUAUGAACGAACAGGUCUACACGUAUGAACGAUUCCGGCGGAAGCGAGUGAAAAAAGUACACAAAAGACACACGAUAGACGACGACGGUUCCCUUGGGGAUGAUGAGGAUAAGGAACAACGAGUGGCAGCGGUGUCCGAAAAGAGUCCACUGGAAUCUGAUAACGACGAACCCAUGCUGCAGUUGCAACGUGCUCCAUCGGCGAACGACCGAACGGUGGUCCAACCUAGUGGCGACGGCGGCCUCGGCGGUGUGGGUGUGGACGAUGGAACGACACCACUUACGCGUAAUUAUGACAAGAGCGGCUACUCGAGCAAACGACGAGUACGUAUUUUGAUACACAACACCACCCACUUGCGCGAGGGCGACAAUGACGAGGACUCGGCGCCGGCCGUCGAUUCACCGAGAUCAAAUCGGAUGCUAAAUCAGACGGAGAUAAUCUACUCGGUGUUCGUGGGAGGCCAGCCGGUGCUGGCAACGACAGCCGCCGAGGAUAUGAAGCUGAUGUCCCAGGAAGAGGUAGAACACGUAAUGGAGGCGUUGGUUUUUCUGAAAGCUGAUCCGUACCUGAAAGAACCGCAAGCAACACCGCUGAUUCCGUCCACGCACAAUGGCAACGCGAAUGUGAUUGCACUCAUCAGCCAGAAUCCCACGCUCUUCGUGAUGUCCUGCGUGGCUGCAGCGCUUUUGCUGAUGCUGUUGAUUGUACUCUUUCUGGUGGCUCGCGAUAAAAGGAAACAUAUUCUCGAGCUGAAAAAACUCGAGUCCACCCAGGCUCUCGUGAUGCCCGGUUGCACCGUCGAUGACCUCAACACGGUUCGGUCCGACAGUGGCAGCAGCCAGCAUUCACCCUUCACACGAAAUCCAUCGGCGGUUAGCGUAAUUGGAUCAAUCCCGGCGCAAAAACCAUCGCCAACGAUUCACUUCCCGCUGCCACCAAUGUCCCGGCCAACCUCGUCGUCCAGCUAUUCCUCCGAUUCCUCGCUGUACUACCCCAAGCGAAAACUUAAACAUCACACCCAAGAACUGCUAGACGAGCGGGCCGUAACGCUGACAAACAAGUUACAAAAACAAUUCGGAUCUUUGGUGGCUACCGAAAAUGUCUACGCUUCGGUGCAGAAGCCGAAAAAGGAGCACCCCCAUAAACGGCGUAGAAAGUAUCUCGGUGAGAAUCGUGUCGGAUCCAUCGAUGGCACGGUACUUCCCGCCCCGGGAAGUCCUGUAACAAGUACCACCAACAGCGCCAGUGGGUCCAGCGAGCAGUCGUACGACACACGCCCUGUAAAGCUACCACCGUCUUACGAACACAACGAAACCUUCAACACAGAUGUAAUUAUGAAGCAUUAUCUGAAAAAUAAAACAGGUUUCUACAAUGACGGAUUCACAAUGGAUGGCGGCUCCGUGGAGGCGAUCAACAAAAACAAGAUCAAGUAUCUGGAGCAAUGCGGUCGGGCGUCCGUCGACACAGGAAGCAUCGGAUCGUACCUUAGCAUGGCGUCGGUUAAGAGCUUUCCGAGAUGCUUCGUGCCGGAGCCCCUCAGCCGAGUACUGGAGCCAGUAACGAUGACACACCUUGACCAAUCGGAAACUGGUGAGGGUGGCAAAUCUACUGCCCCCGGAACUGCUUCCACUAGUCAGUAUAACACGGAUACGGAGGUACAAUUGUCGCGCAGUCAGAGCGACGGAGCGGAUCCGGGUGUUGUUGGACCUGUGGUGUGGCAAAUACACAAGAAAGAGAUGGAAGAGAUGACGAGUCCACUCCGGGACCCGGUGAUUACCCGAAAUCGUUUCGAGGGACUACUGGAAGGAGCGAUCAAGUUGUACUCCGAACCAGCGGAGAAGGACGAAACCAACAAGAACUCUAUCACGCUGCCGGGCGUGAUACGCCCAACUGUGGAGCAUCGCGGGAAGUCGGCAGCCGUUGUAAGGGAAACGUCCCGCGCGUGCUCAGCCACCGUUCGGCCAGUCACGGCGGUAGGAUCGGCUCGCAGUAGGCUGGAUAGCUCCAGACCCCCCUCGCCAGGACGUGGUGCAUGGGGUAGUGGGACUCACUCUCCGUUGAUGAGACCGAUGAGUGCGGGACCGUUUCACACUCCGCUAGCACCACAAAUCGACAUCGCUAGGGUUACGGCUCCGAAGAGUGUCCUGCAGUCAACCGAACUAUCAACCGCUCCACUGCUGCAUAAUAUUAUGCACGAACUGAAACGAUUUCAAAACGAGUGAAAAUUAAUGGUUUUUUUGGACGUUCUAACACUGCCAAUAUUGUAUAAGCUUAUUAGUGAAUCUAUUCCUAUACAUAUCUAUAUACUAAUAUUAUCUUCAAAAAUACUGGGUUCGUGUCGUAGCGUAGGUUAUGUCAUACCUUCUAGCCGUAGGUUAAGAAAUCUAGUAUAGCAUAUGAAUUUGUACAAUGAUAUGACCUUUUUAUGAUGGAAAGAAGAUCGAAGCAAAAGAGAAAAAAGUUCCUUGACGCUAUUCAGGAAUGAAGGAAAUAAAUUUAUAGCCCCGAAA